GAAGUCACCUCGGCUGCGUGACCGAGUUCGACGGGUUGGGCGGAGAGCUGAGCCACGCCCUGAGAGACGCCCGUGACGCCCAAAUCCACAUGGACGACGACGAGCACUUCACCCUCGACUCCGACCACGGCACGAACCUCCUGAAGGUUGCGGUGCACGAAAUUGGGCACGUGCUCGGCCUGGGUCACGUUCUCAGGAACUACUCCAUCAUGUACGCCGUGUACGAGAAGGUGCUGCCCAACCAGGGCCUCGAGCUGGGCUGGGAGGACAGGAAGCUCGUGCAGAGGAUCUACGGGCGCUGCGUGGGCAAGUUCAGCACCGUCUUCGAUUUCCUGCGGUGGCGCGCCGACGGGUCCCUCUCCUACAACACCUACUUCUUCCGCGGGGACCACUUCUGGAUGUACGAAAACAAGUACAACAGAACGCGCUUCGGGGACCCCCUGUACAUCGACACGGAAUGGCGCGGUCUCCCGGGCGACAUCGACGCCUACACGCACAUCUUCACCAGCACCAGGGACUCCCACCUCUUCUUCAAAGGAGAACACUACUACAUGAUCGACCCUGAAACGCGGAACGUCCUGCCCGGCUUCCCUCGCCGGAUCGCCCACGACUUUCACGGUCCUCGCACGGCCAAGAAACCGCACCCGAAGGCCAUUCCCAGCAACCUCGACGCCGUCUACUUCGAUAUCAGGGACGAGAACUUGUAUUUCUUCAAGGGACGGAAAGUUUACGGCUACGACAUCAGGAAUGGAACCGAAGGGUGCUGCCUGCCGGGUUAUCCUCGCCUCAUCCACAACGAGUUCAUACGAGCUGACGAAGGCUCCAGAAACCUGCCGAAGAAGUUGGAUGCCGUUUAUUAUUCGUACACUGACCAGACGCUGUAUUUCUUUAAGGAACGGCUCUUCUGGGAGCUGGUAACGUUCCACCCACGUGACACCAAGCGCACUAAUGCUGUUCUUGGGCCUUUCUUCGUGCAUGACAAGUGGUAUGACAUCUGUGACACGGACAUCGACGACUACAAUGCAUAUCGCGUGAACAGGAAAAAAUGAUUAUUUGAUAUAUAUAUAUAUAUAUAU